CAGGGAGCAGCGGGGCUCGGCGGCGGCGGCGGCGUCUGGCCCCGGCUCCUCCUCCUCCUCCAUCGCCUCCUCCUCCUCCUCUCCGCUCUCUCCAUCUGCCGUGGUUAUGGCCCGUCGCUGGAGCACAAAAGAGUCUCCGUGGUGGAGGUCUACGUUGGUCUUGCUUUUCCUCUCGGGGGUGUACGCGUGUGGAGAGGCUCCAGAACAAAUCCGAGCACCAAGUGGUAUUAUCACGAGCCCAGGCUGGCCCUCUGAGUAUCCUGCCAGAAUCAACUGUAGCUGGUUCAUAAGGGCAAACCCAGGGGAAAUCAUUACCAUAAGUUUUCAGGAUUUUGAUAUUCAAGGGUCCAGAAGAUGCAGUUUGGACUGGUUAACAAUAGAAACAUAUAAGAAUAUUGAAAGCUACAGAGCUUGCGGAUCCACUGUUCCACCACCAUACAUCUCUUCACAAGACCACGUCUGGAUCAGGUUCCAUUCAGAUGACAGUGUCUCUAAGAAGGGUUUCAGACUGGCAUAUUUUUCAGGGAAAUCUGAGGAACCAAACUGUGCAUGUGAUCAGUUUCGUUGUGGAAGUGGCAAAUGCAUUCCCGAAGCCUGGAAAUGUAACAACAUGGAUGAAUGUGGAGAUGGUUCUGAUGAAGAAGUCUGUGCCAAAGAAGCUAAUCCUCCGACAGCUGCUUCUUUCCAGCCCUGUGCUUACAACCAGUUCCAGUGUCUGUCCCGGUUUACCAAAGUGUACACUUGUCUCCCUGAAUCACUGAAAUGUGAUGGAAACAUUGACUGCCUGGAUCUCGGGGAUGAGAUUGACUGUGACGUGCCAACCUGUGGGCAGUCAUUUAAAUAUUUUUAUGGGACUUUCAAUUCCCCCAAUUAUCCAGACUUUUAUCCUCCUGGAAGCAACUGCACGUGGUUAAUAGACACUGGUGAUCAUCGGAAAGUCAUUUUGCGCUUCACUGACUUUAAACUCGAUGGUACUGGUUAUGGGGAUUAUGUCAGAAUCUAUGAUGGAUUGGAGGAGACGCCACACAAGCUCCUGCGUGUGUUGACUGCUUUUGAUUCCCACGCACCUCUCACAGUUGUUUCUUCUUCUGGACAGAUCAGGGUACAUUUUUGUGCCGACAAAGUGAAUGCUGCAAGGGGCUUUAAUGCUACUUACCAAGUGGAUGGCUUCUGUCUCCCGUGGGAAAUACCCUGUGGGGGCAACUGGGGCUGUUACACGGAGCAGCAGCGCUGCGACGGGUACUGGCAUUGCCCGAAUGGAAGGGAUGAAGUCAAUUGUACCAUGUGCCAAAAGGAAGAAUUCCCAUGUUCCCGAAACGGUGUCUGUUACCCUCGUUCUGAUCGCUGCAAUUACCAGAAUCAUUGCCCAAAUGGCUCCGAUGAGAAAAACUGCUUUUUUUGCCAGCCUGGAAAUUUUCACUGUAAAAACAAUCGUUGUGUGUUUGAAAGCUGGGUGUGUGAUUCUCAGGAUGACUGUGGUGACGGCAGUGAUGAGGAGAAUUGCCCGGUCAUUGUGCCGACCAGAGUCAUAACUGCGGCCGUCAUAGGGAGCCUCAUCUGUGGCCUUCUCCUCGUCAUCGCCUUGGGAUGUACUUGCAAACUUUAUUCUCUAAGAAUGUUUGAACGAAGAUCAUUUGAAACGCAGUUGUCUCGUGUGGAAGCAGAACUGUUACGAAGAGAAGCUCCUCCCUCGUACGGACAGUUGAUUGCUCAGGGUUUAAUUCCACCAGUUGAAGACUUUCCUGUUUGUUCACCUAAUCAGGCUUCCGUUCUGGAAAACCUGAGGCUCGCUGUACGAUCUCAGCUUGGAUUUACUUCACUUAGGCUUCCAAUGGCAGGCAGAUCCAGCAAUAUCUGGAAUCGUAUAUUUAACUUUGCGAGAUCUCGUCAUUCAGGGUCACUGGCUUUGGUAACAGCAGACGGAGAUGAGGUAGUCCCAAGUCAGAGUACCGGCAGAGAACCUGAAAGAAAUAAUGCACACCGAAGUUUGUUCUCCGUGGAAUCUGAUGAUACAGACACAGAAAAUGAGAGAAGAGAUUCCGUAGGAGCAUCUGGUGGGGUCGCAGCCCCUCUGCCCCAGAAAGUUCCCCCAACAACAGCAGUUGAAGCAACAGUGGGAGCCUGUGGCAGUACCUCGACUCAGAGUACCAGAGGUGCUAAUACAGAGAGUGGAAGGGAUGUGACGAGUGUGGACCCCCCAAGCGUGAGUCCAGCUCGUCACCAACUCUCAAGUGCACUAAGUCGUAUGACUCAGGGGCUCCGCUGGGUACGUUUAACGUUAGGACGAUCCAGCUCCGUAAGUCAGAACCAAAGUCCUUUGAGACAACUUGAUAACGGAGUCAGUGGAAGAGACGAAGAUGAUGAUGUUGAAAUGCUAAUUCCAGUUUCUGAUGGAGCUUCAGACUUUGAUGUGAAUGACUGCUCCAGACCUCUUCUCGAUCUUGCCUCAGACCAAGGACAAGGGUUUAGACAAGCAGUUAAUGCACCAAACCCUGGAGCGAGGCCAAGUAAUCGAGAUGGCCCCUGUGAGCGCUGCGGUAUUGUCCACACUGCCCAGAUACCGGACACUUGCUUAGAAGCAACACUAAAAAAUGAAAUGAGUGAUGAUGAGGCUUUGUUACUUUGCUAGGUGUGAGUCAAAUAAAAGAGAUUGUAUACAAGUUGGAGCAAUAUCCAUCUAUUAUUUUGUAACUUUACAAUGAAAAUUAGUUUUAGUUUAAAAAGAAAAAGAUGCAGGGUGAUACCUUACUCAGAUGUCUUAGCCUGCAUGGUUAAAUGAAUUCCUUGUUGUAACUCUAUAAAUGUUUAGAGUUCACUAUUUUAGCAGCUAUAGAUACAUUACAUAUUCCUGUUGUUCAAUGAUGUUCUUCCAUUUGUUUUUAAUUGUUUUUAUCCUGGUACUGUAGUCACAAUAGAAAUAUGGCUGCUGAUCCUCAUUUGACUGUCAGUCUGUCCCAUGUUCUUAUAUUUGUACAGUAUAAUAUCUUCUUUUAAUUGACCCCUUUAUGCUUUUGCCAACACAUUUUGAAACUUACUCUACUAGAUGUUAAGGUUGUUAAUGUUAAAAAAAAUCCUUAUCCUCAUCUGUGUUUUUAUUUAUGUAACACUUGUCUAAAUGUUACUGGAUUUCAUGAUAAUAUACACUUGUCAAAGGGAGAAAAUAAUUUUCUCUAAAUAUUUUUCUCUUAUGUUAAACAUACAGUGACGUGAAAUUUAGAUAGCUAGAUAAAUUAUUGGCAAAAACAACUCUUUUAUAGAUUUUCUAAUGUUAACUUUAAUACUCUAAAGUGGUACAUACCAAAUGGUAAAAUCCCAAGUAAUUUCUUUUCUUUCAUUGCUACUUAGGGACAGAAUUAAGUGGAUGAAGAUACUCUACUAUGCAUUAAAUCUUGAACUUUAUAAAGUAUGUACAAAAUUGUACAAGAUAAGUUCCACCUGGUAAUGUCUUUUCCCUGAUGAAGGGUUAUGCUUGUCUUGGACCCUAGGGAUUUGCACUAAAGUCUUACCAAGAUCUCAGCUGAGUUUAGUGCACAAGCACUAUCACUUUAAAUACUAUUAUUUGCUACCACAAUAACUAUAUUUCCAUAGCUUUUUAUGAGGGAUUGGGGAAUGCAUUUUUAUUACAACUUUAAGUUGCUUUGCUUAUUUCAUAUUUAUUUGUUGUAUUUAAUAACUGCAUUAUUGUGAGAAAGUGAUUUUUUUCAAUAUAUUUUAUUCAUUUUGGGGGUACCUGUAUUAACAUUGGAGAAAAGCAAAUCAGACCAUCCAGAGCACCCCCCACACUUUUUUUUAGUAGAGUGAAUUGCAAAACCGUACAUAUUUUUUUUGUAUCGUCGGUUCCUAUUUAUUUAUUCUGUAGUUGUCUGUUUUAGUAGCCUAAUGAUUGAGUAUGAAAAAUGUAUUUGUGUGUGAUUAUUGCUAUUUAUUAAAUUUUAAAUACUUUGCUGAAUGUCAUUUUAAAGCAUGUUUGAGGUCUUGUGUGUUUGUUGUGUUAUGCUGUCAGGAAGACUGACAAAAAAUGUUUUAAUAUGUAUCAAAAAUUAAAAUGACUUUUUCUAUAUUGCUUUGAGGUACUUUUUAAAU